AUGGCACCGGCAAGGAGGACCUUGGCGGCGGCUAAAGCUUCUAAAUCUUCCAGGGCCAACGGAUCGCUCCCAACUCCUUUCAAGCCGCCCCCCGAUGUGCUCCAGCCCUUCAUCGAGGGACUGUCUGAAGAUCAUGUGUACAUCACGCAUGUCGACUCCAAGCCGGCUUCGUUCAAGCGCAAAAUAUUCCUCGUGCCUGUGGCCAUGAACUUGGCCGUGUGCUUUGUCUUCCUAUGGCGCAUGCGCUACAUUGCGCCUUGGUACUGGAAAAUUGUUCAGUCGGGAUUCGGCUGGCCCAACGACAUGACCUUUGCCGUGGCAAGCUCCUCCUGGAAGGAUUUCGCGUGGGAAGUGUUGAAGCGCGGAAUCACCAUGUUCAUCGAUUUUGUCUUGUUCGUGUUUGUCUGGCCAUGGCCCGUGGAAUUUGCCAUGGGUCAGGCUCACGGCAACCCCGUGCUGUGGAGGUACAGUGUUGGCUUCCGAGACAAGGAGAUUUAUGUUCGGCGCAGUCGCGAUUGGGACCGUGCUGUGGACGACAUUUUCAGGGACGGGGAAUCCAACAAGAUGCUGUUUGCUCACAUCAGCAAAGCUACUUCACCCAUGCGCCAGGAGCAAAAGACUGGCUAUCUGUUGAUGGAUGGCCAGUGGAACCUUGACUGGGCCGCCAUGAUACAUGCCCACGAGAUGGUCGAUGGCAAGGUCGCGGCUCUGGACGCAUUCAAGAAUGUGGUCCUCGUCCAUCACAAGGACUUUGGGUGGAUGUGUUACGAUUUGAAGGCCAGCAUUGCCGCUGACGAGGAUGAGAAACGUCGCAAGGUGUUUGCUUUCAGGAAUGCCCUUGCGGAAAUAGGCAAGGAAGACGUUUUCUACCGGUGGGUCGAGAUGGUCCAGUUUGACGCCACUCAGCCAGGAGGAUUUGGCCCCGAGCAACAAGAAGCCACUGCAAAGAAAAUUCGAGACCUGUUUGAAAAGGCCAAUGUCAACUUUGACGAGUUGUGGCAGGAGGCUGUUGGCGAGGCCAAGCUAUAG